AUGGAUACCUUCCCUCAAUCACUUCGAUAUCUACUUGUACGCUUCUGUGCUGUGUAUUGCGCGAUUACUUUGUGCCUUGUCACCGUUGGUAGUGCAGAGCAACAACUGCUGGGAGUCUCCAAGGAUGCCCCGAAACGGGUCGCCAUAGUCGGAGCUGGAGCUGCAGGCUCUUCCAGCGCAUACUCCCUACGCAAGUAUGCAGAUUCGCUACAGAUUCCAGUUGACAUCACGGUCUUCGAACGUGCUCCCCACGUGGGUGGCCGGUCGACAACAGUCGACGUGCUGGAUGAUCCCCGGUAUCCAGUCGAACUGGGUGCUUCGAUCUUCGUUUCCGUCAACUAUGAGUUGGUAAACGCUUCCAGGGACCUAGGCCUCACUGUCCAGAGCGCAAACCACGCGCGCCCCAGGGAGUCCGACGACACGCUUGGCGUCUGGGACGGAGAGCAAUUCGUCCUGGUGAUACAGGAUACCUAUAGCUGGUGGACCAUCGCCAAGCUGAUCUGGCGGUACGGGCUGGCGCCCAUCCGCACCCAGAGCCUGAUGAAGAGCACGGUCAGCAAGUUCCUCCGGCUAUACGAAAAGCCCCUGUUCCCGUUCAGAUCCCUCACCUCGGCCGCGGCGGCUGUCGACUUGCUGAACGCCACCGCAAGCACGGGGGCCGCGUUCCUCCAGAACGGCGGCAUCUCCGCCGACUUCGCCCGCGACAUCAUCCAGGCGAGCACGCGCGUCAACUACGGCCAGAACCUGCCGCUCCUCCACGGCCUCGAGGCCAUGGUCUGCAUGGCGACGGACGGCGCCGUCUCCAUCGCCGGCGGCAACUGGCGCAUCUUCGACGGCAUGCUCAAGGCCGCCCAGGCCGACGUCCGGAUCAACCAGACCGUGACAUCCAUCCGGCGCAGCGAGGAGGACGGCGACGGCGGUACGCUGGCGGUCACGUUCCAGCCCGACGGCGCCGGCGCCGACACCGACGCAUCCACCUCGGUCUUCGACGAAGUCAUCAUCGCCGGCCCGCUGCAGUACUCCGGCAUCAGCAUCACCCCGCCGCCAGAGCACACCCCGGACGAGAUCCCCUACGUCAAGCUCCACGUCACCCUCUUCACCUCCCCGCACCGAAUCUCCCCGCAAUUCUUCAACCUGGCGCCUGGCGCCCGCGCCCCAGAGACAAUCCUCACCACCCUCCCGCGCAGCGUGGACCUCGGGCCCCGCAAAGCCGGCGUCGGCCCCGCCGGGUUCUGGAGCAUCAGCACCCUGCGCACAGUCGACGUGCCGCGCGCCGACGGCGCGUCCGAGACACACUACGUCUACAAGGUGUUCUCGCCCGAGCGGCUCACCGCGGACUUUCUGGAGCGUAUCCUGGGGCUGGAGCGCGCCACGCCGCCCAACGCGACGAUCGGGGCGCUCCCCAAGCGGGAUCUGAGCUGGUACCGGGAGAAGGUCUGGAACCCGUAUCCGUUCCUGUUCCCGCGGGUGACGUUCGAGGACACGGUCCUGGCGCCGAAUGUCUGGUAUACGGGGGGCAUUGAGAGUUUCAUCUCGACGAUGGAGACGAGUGCGUUGAUGGGGAGGAAUGUGGCUGCUUUGAUUUCGCAGUCAUGGGAGAAUGAGAUUAGUCGGGGGCGUGGGGGGGUUGCUCACGAGGAGCUUUGA